AUGAAAGCAUUAAUUAAUUGGUUUCUUCGAUUAUGCCAGUCAAAAGAAGAGAAAAAUGAAGAACAGCAAACAAAGCAAGAAAUUGAGACAAAAAUUGAGCCAAAAAGUGUCGAUUUAACAACUGCUAAGUUUGUUGUGGAAUCAGUCAGUAAACGUAAAAAGCAUAAAAAGAGGAAAAGAAGCAAAUCUAAAGAAAAAAAAGUGAAAGCUAAAGAAGAAAAAAAAGAAGAACACUCAGAGAAUACACCCUCGCCUAAAUAUCACCGACCUUUGAAAUUCCAAUCGCUUUCAGUUGACACAACAGGAAACUCGAUACUUAGCAGAAAAUCUAUUGAAUCAAGCAUCACUAAAUCUCAAAUAAGCACAGUAGUUUUAUCACCUGGAUACACAAGCUAA